AUGCGCGGGAUGGGGUCCUUAGGGUGCCUGUGGGAGCGCGGUGGUGAGCUAUGCGGGAAGAAGGGAGAGGCACUGGGUAGGGGGGCUAUACUGCGCGAGGCGGGGAGGGACGUCAGGGAGGCGGAGGACCUGCAGGAGUGGCCAGGGGGGAUAGGGGGGGGAUUGAGAGUGGUGAGGGGGGGAGAGCAAGUCCCCAGAGGCAAAAGCACAGAGACUGAUAGUGACAGCGAGAGUUUACCACACGUCCCGUUAGAGGACGUCCUGUUAGAAGACGUCCUGUUCAAAGACGUCCCGUUAGAAGAAGUCCUGUUAGAGGACGUCCUGUUAGAAGACGUCCUGUUAGAAGACGUCCUGUUCAAAGACGUCCCGUUAGAAGACGUCCUGUUCAAAGACGUCCCGUUAGAAGACGUCUGUGUGGUUCUGUGUUAA